AUGAGUGCAGCGUUCAAGGCCGAGAAGGAGAAGCUUGAAGACGCCAUCCUCGAGCAGAUGCGCGACGUACAUACGGGCCUCCAAACACUCAACCAGAACCUCGACCGCCUCAACGAUGUCGGCGAGGAGCUCCAGGCCAUUGCCGUGAGCUGGACGAACUAUUGCGAUGCCAUGCACCGCGCCCAGACUGACGCAACUGUUACGCUUCUCGAGGAUUGA